AUGGAGCCGGGUGGAGCAACGUUGUGCAGCGUGCUGCAGCGUGAAGCACCUACUCCUUCUCCUCCUCCUCCUCCUCCUCCUCCUCCUCCUCCUCCUCCUCCUCCUCCUCCUCCUCCUCCUCCUCCUCCUCCUCCUCCUCCUCCUCCUCUUCCCUUCCUUUCUCUUCCUCUCUCCACCACCUUCGGAUUCCUUCUCACUCAUGACGCUGCUGGAGAAAUGUGGAGGAGGGGGGCAGCAGAGAAGACAGCAGAGGAGGAGAGGAGGAGCCGAGGAGAAGAGGAGGACUGGAGGGAUCAUGCCAGCACUCGCUGCGACUCCAGAGAGGAGCACAAGCGUCACCUCUGCUCUUUGCUGAAUGUGGAGGAGAGGAGGAGCAGAGGAGUCAACAAAGGAGAACAAAGGAGCAGAGGAGCAGCUGAUGCUUACGGACACGUUGCUGAGGUGGUCGGGCGCGUGGCUGAGGUGGACGGACACGUGGCUGAGGUGGACGGGCGAGCGCGGUGGGAUGACGCACGGCCGGCAGCCACUGGCGUGUGGCUGCCUCUACCCGCCCUGCUGACCACGGUCGAGGAGCAUUGGAGUCUCGUGGGCAGCAAAGCAACUGGGAAGUGUCUUUCCCCUCGCCUUCCCUUCUCGUCACCCACCCUCCAUUCCAACCAUGGGUUCUUCACUCGGGAGGAGCAGAGGAGCCUGCAGAGGACGGCAGCAGUGACUCGGGAGGCAACAGCAAUGAGAGGGAGAAGCGAGGGGUGGGAUGACGCACGGCCGGCAGCCACAUGGCUGCCUCCUACCCGCCCUGCUGACCACCCGCUCUGCUCGAGGCGGGCACUUCGGGCAACGAGCCGGCGCGGAGGCAAGGAGGCGGUACUUCAGCAGAGGUGUAGUGCGGUGUGGAAUGGUAUGGUGCGGUAUGAGGAGGAGGCGGACACUUCGGGCAACGAGCCGGCGCGGAGGCAAGGAGGCGGCACUUCAGCAGAGGAGGCGGACACUUCGGGCAACGAGCCGGCGCGGAGGCAAGGAGGCGGCACUUCAGCAGAGGUGUGUAGCACUUCAGCGAGGAGGACGGGCGAGCGCGGUGGGAUGACGCACGGCCGGCAGCCACUGGCUUGUGGCUGCCUCCUACUCGCCCUGCUGACCACCCGCUCAAGGCAAGGAGGACACUUGGGGCAAGGAGGUAAGCACGUGACUCUUGGGGCUCGAGGCAAGGAGGUCACUUGGGGAAUGGAGGAGGAGGCAACCAGGCGGCACUUCAGUCCUCCUCACGGCUGGCCCCGCUCAUCGCUGCUCCUCGUCUUCUUUCUUCAGCACCGCCCUCCCUGCACCUCCUCUUCCAGCUUUGACGCCCAACCUGACCUGCACUCCGUCCUCAUCCCCUUCCCACCGUCGAGGAAGGCGCACGGGGAGUCUACAGCGUCAUCGACAUUCUUGGAGGGUCAACACCAUCACCGUCAUGUAAGUCUCUGCUUUGGCAGGUCGGCGGGGGAGCAGCAGCUUGGAGGGUCAACACCGUCACCGACAUGUAAGUCUCUGCUUUGGCAGGUCGGCGGGGGAGCAGCAGCUUGGAGGGUCAACACCGUCACCGACAUGUAA